AUGAGCAAGAGCAAAGGAGGCGUUCGAUCUCGAUCUCCUUCUACGGGAAGUAGCAUGCUGCAUGCUUCUACCUCGCAACUAUCGUUGGGUUCCAGUAUUGGCAGUGGGAAGAAAUGGUGGGAACCUAGCACGGAUGAAUUGGAAGACUUGAAGGCGCAACAACGACGGCGUCAAUCACAGCUGGAUCAACCGGAUAUCACGGAUGCCAUGCUGGAGGCUCUGGAGAAUGAAGAACAAAUGGAACAAUUGGCCACUCAACUCAGCAAGGCCGCUCCAGCUAGUCAUCACAGCAGUAGUACUGAUAGUACUGGUAAACGAACCAUACGGAGAACCAAGUCCAUGGAUCCCUCGGUUUCCAAUAAUAAGAUGACCCACACGACAUCCACGGAAGACUUGAAGAAUUUGAACAUGAAGACGUAUGCUGCCAACAAGAGAAGAGGCUCCAUGUUCCACAAACACAAACACAACAACAACAACAACAAGAGAAAUCCAAACAACCGAAUGCUCAAUGUCUCCAAUCACUCCACCAAUUCCACACAUACAAUAGACUCUAUGGACAGCGAAGGAGCUGUCAUGGGGAGAGAGUCUUAUUUUGAUUCCGAUACCGAUACACCCAGUCAUUUACCCUUACCACCCCAACUACAACCUACUCAGCAGCAGCAGUCACAACAACAACAGUCACCACUACUACCCACACAACAACGAAAUAUAAAGACCAAAAUCAAAUUGGUACGACGAUCUUUUUCCGCAGGAACUCCACUAGCCGUACCAGACGAAGAGGAGGAGCUAGAUCAACGCUCCAUUUCUACGACCGAAGUCGAAGCCAUUAUUCAACAAGAAAAACAACUCAAAAAAUGCUUUACGGUCGAUUGGGGAGUGGGACAAGCCGAGACAUUUGUCAAGGAAUUGCAACAAAAGGGGAAAUUGUGGGAUACUAGUACUACCAAACAACAACAAAAACAACAACAACACAACCACAAAUCAACGACGACGACGUGGAAACAAUUGGAACAACGCAUGCAAGCAUCUGCCUUGAAAAAGGCACAAGAAUUCCGGACUCUGCCCAAACUGAAACAAGCGGCAUUUACGCUGGUACUCUCCCAACUAUUGACGCCACAAGAGCGAGAACAACUCUAUCAAGUCUACACACAAUUGCUUUUGCAACAACAGGAACAGCAACAACCUGUUUCUCACAGUCAAGCACAAGAAGGAUACGCCAAAGUAUUUGGUUCUUCUUCUCAUCACAGUAGCAGCAGUCAUGGCAAUUCCAGUAGUCCAUCCAACAACCACGUUGUCAUGGACUAUUCCGAAUUCAUGGUCGGUGCUGCCAUUUGUUCCCAUCAUCAGCAUACUACAGAAGAAGAAGCAAAACGACGAUUGGAAACAUUUUCGGGGGAAGCAUUGCGCAAAGCGUUUGCCAUGUUUGAUGCCGAAGGAAAGGGAUUCAUUUCCAAAGACAAUAUCAACAAACUCUGUGAACAUCAAGAUGAAACCACACAACGUAUUAUUGAUGCCGUUCUGUCGUCGCCGGAUAAUUCUAGCGAUGCACACCACUCAAAUGACAAUCCACUCGCAUUUGCCGACUUUUGUGCCCUCUUUUUUGGGGACGAACAACCAGAAAAUAAUAAUGGCAAGUCCCAUAAUCACAAAAAGGAAAAAUCGUCCUCCAAACACACCCGAAAGGAACACAAGUCCUCCAAAAAGAAAAAGAAGGACAAGAAAAAGGAAAAGAAGAAAAAGUCCAAAAAGAAGUCGAAAAAGAAGGACAAGAAGAAGAAUGUGGACGACGACAUGAGCAUUGACGACGACGAUGAGACACUCUCGGUCUUUUCUAUUGAUAUCUACGACGAUCUAUCCAUUGAUAUGGAUGGAAGUGACGUUUCCGUUCUCGAUGACACCGAUUCCACAUCCAGUCGAUCCAGUGACCGUUCUCCAAAACCAGAGAAAGUAAAGAAUCCAGUCUUUGACUGGAAAUCCCAUUCCAAAACACGUCCCGCGUUAAAAGUCAAAAAUAUCAUGGCCAACAAAAAAGUCAAGGACGAAUUGCGACAACGAGUCAACAAGAAUAAUAAUAAGGAUGGAGGAGGAGCCAUGAUGGAUUGGUCGGAACGAUCCAUUUCGUCUUCCUGCCGACGACGACGCGCGAUGGACGCGUCCGAAAAAUCCGUUUCGUCCUCGGCACGUCGAACUAACACGACAAAUAAAAUGACGGAUGCCUCGGAAAAGUCCCUGUCGUCGUCGAGUCGAAAAAGUCGGUUUCCCAUCAAUUCACCGCGGUCGCCCCGCAAACGAAGAUCCUCGAAUCGGAGUAUUGGUGCUGCCAACUUGCCCAUUCUGGAGACAUCAGACGGCGGCAUUAAGAAACCGGUCAAGCCUACCCGAUCCAGAACGUCCACCGACCUUGCCAAACAGCAGCAAUCUCCCGUACAACCCCGCCUUCGUCGAUCUUCUACCAAUCCCGAGGAAAACAGUAAUAAUACGGAGACUGGCAAACAACCAACUGCAGACGCCACUUCAACAACAACAACAACGGCAUCAGCAGCGGCAAUACCAGCUACAAAAGCAUCGACUGAUUCAUUGCCGCCGUUGACAGCGGCACCAUCACCGACUAUAACAAUACGCAAUGCCACAAACGGGACGCCUGAGCCUUCCCCCAAAGUACAGGCAGCAUCAACGACUGCCGAACCCAAAUCAUCUGGAGCGGGGCAAGCUUCGUCGGCGGCAACCCCGCCUUCGACUUUGCCACCGGCGAAGAUGCCGUCCGCAACUGCGCGAGCGGUUCCUGUAUCCGCGCCAAGACCAUCCACUGAUCAGGCCCCCAAGGCCCCCAAACGUGUGUCUUCGGCUGCAACAGAAGGCAACAAAGUGCCUGCCAUUGCGUCCGUAAGAGGAACUCCGUCAGCCCCUGCAGCCACGCCAAAACCAACAACGGCAAGCACAACAGUGCCAGCCCCGAAGGCCGUCUCUCCGAAUGCGUCAUCUCCUGCGACAUCCUCGUCUCCUGCCACAGCACCAAAAUCCAACAAAGUGUCUGCGUCUGGGGCCCCGACGAAGGCUGCGUUGUCGGCGCCGAACCACAGCAGUGUUGUCACAACCGCAGUCGCGACCACAGCAGUCAGGCAACCAAACAGCCAAGGAGCACCCGCUGCCUCGGUGCGUCUACCAACGAAACCCGAGAUUGCUAAACAACCCGCCACGCAGAACACCGUCUCUCGCGCCGAAUCCACACCGAUUUCUGGGGCUGGUCCGUCCCCAGCUAGCACGAGCCAAACUUGUGCAAGAGCAGCACAACCCGCCGCGACCAAAACGGCAGCUCCUUCUGCUGCUAGCAGUACCAAAACAGCCGCGGCCAACAGAAAUGCCACCAAAUCCCCUGUUUUGGUGGCUGCGUCUCCUACUCCUUCCCUUGGCCGACCCGCACAAACCCCAGUCCCAAAGAAAGCUGCACCCCAAACCGCUGGUACCGCCAGACAGCCUUCUCCCUCCACUGUGACACCCAAGCCUUCCCUUGGUCGGCUUUCCCCAGUCCCAAAGCAACCCCCUCCUGCACCACAACAAACAGUUGGUAACAAUUCCGUUAAACCACCUGCUUCAUCCACUGUGGCUCCCAAACCCUCCCUUCCAGCCCCAGCAAAAUCAUCCAGUAUUACAAAAACACCUGCUCCCUCCAGCAUGGAACCAAAGCCUUCCCUUGGUCAGCAAGCCACAGCCCCGAAGAAACCACCUGCUGCACCACCGCAAACAGUUGGUAACAGUGCUACCAAACCACCUGUUUCGUCCAAUGCCCCAACCCUCCCUUGGGAAACCAGCCCCUACACAAACACCAGUACUACAAACACUCUCCAUCCAGUGGCACCCAAGCCUUCCCUUGGUCAGGCAGCCCCAGCCCAAAUGAAAGCCCCUGUUGCGCUACAACAAGCAGCUGGUAGUUCCACCAAACCACCUGUUUCGUCCACUGCGACUCCUAGGCCUUCUCUUGACCAGCCUGCUCCCGCACCAGCUCCAAAGAAACCCCCUGCAGUACCACCACAAACAGUUGGUAACAGUUCCACCAAGCCACCCGCAUCAUCAACUGGGGCUCCCAAGCUUUCCCUUGGUAAGCCAGCCCCUACCCAAACAGCCAGUACUACCAAACCAACUACUCCACCCACGGUGGCACGCAAGCCUUCCAUUGGCCAGGCAGCCCCAGCCCCAAAGAAACCCCCGCUGUACAACAACAGCUUGGCUAACAGUUCCACCAAACCAUCUGUUUCGUCCACUGCAACCCCCAGGCCUUCUCUUGGCCAGCCUGCUCCCGCAUCAGCCCCAAAGAAACCCCCAGCUGUACCACCACAAACAGUUGGUAACAGUUCCACCAAACCACCUGCUUCAUCAACUGUGGCUCCCAAGCCUUCCCUUGGCAAGCCAGCCCCCACCCAAACAGCCAGACCUACCAAACCACUAGCUCCAUCCACUGUGGCACCCACCCCUUCCCUUGGUCAACCAGCCCCAGCCCCAAAGAUGUUGUCUACUGCGACCCCUGAGCCUUCUCGUGGGCAGCCUGCUCCUGCACCAGCCCCAAAGAAACCCUCUGCUGCACCACCACAAAUUGUUGGUAACAGUUCAACCAAACCACCUGCUUCGUCCACUGUGGCUCCCAAACCUUCUGUUGGUAAGCCAACUCCCACACCCGCCAAAAAGAAAACCCCUGCUGCUACAAACCAGCCAGUUGGUAACAGUCCACCCAAACCACCUGCUUCGUCCGCUGUUGCUCCCAAGCCUUCUCUUGGUCAGCCAGCCCCAGCCCCCCAAAAGGUCGAAACCCACACAGCCAGUACCGCCAAACUGCCUGCGUCAACUACAGUGGCUCACAAGCCUUCCCUCGGCAUCCCUGUGCAAACCGCUGCCCCAAAGAAGCCCCCUGCGGCACCCACAGCUGUUAACAAUACCACGAAAGCACCUGCAUCGUCCACUGUGUCUUCGGAUGGAAUACCUGCUCGAGCGCCGCUGCCAAAUAGUGCCCAACCAUCAGUAGCAACAACGACAAGCUACAAAACCCCCGCUCAAUCCACACCGGCCCAAUCAUGGAAUUCACGCCCCCUCCCUGACAACACCAUUGAACAGAUCGAAUACUACGACGACGAUGGUAGCGGCAGCGAGUACGAGGAAGUCGUGGAGAUAGUGGAGGUCGUGGUACCCAAGAAACCUAAGAAAAGCUUUGCAGUGGCAGCUCAUGAAGUGGGGAUUGGUGCGCCCCCUCCUCAGUUCCUGUCGCCAAGAGACAAGGCAGAACUGGCAGCGCAAGAAGAACGGAUGCAGCUCUUGUCUGCGCCAGCAAGUAGUGACUCAUUGCGCCAGGGACCUGCCGCGACUCCAGGAAGCACUUCACGCCCUCAUUUUCCCGUCAAUAGUCCUCGUGGUGUGAAGGCGACCAAUGUACGAGCAAAGACAACGUCCGUCGAGCAACGAGAUCAGGAGGAAGAACGAACAGCCACAAAGCGUGCAGUUAAAAAACCGAAGGGCCCAAAACUCUCCAAAGCAUUCUUGUGGGAGUUGAAAAUGAACCAGAAUGAUUUAUCUCGAAAGCUGAAACCAGUCAUUAAAAGGAAAGGGGACGAGAAAAAGAUUGUCGAUCCUGAUCAACCAUAUAUGGAAGAGCUCAAAGACGUCCAAGCAGAAGUGCUUCCUGUUUGGAGACGAGAAACCUACGCCUACUGGAUCUAG